GGCGCCCCUUAGUGCACGCAACCCUGCGUACACGGCCGUAAAACCGAUUCACAUAAGUAAAACCGCAAAACGAACAUCGACAUCCGCGAUGAAACAUUGUAACUUUUUUUUUGUACGUUAACAGAAAAAAACAAUCGUACACCACGAUCGUGCACGGCGAACCAUGAAAUUAGGUCAACAUGCGAGAAAACCGAGUUACUAAAAAAACGGUGAAAAAAUGACGUCACCGAAACUACUCCUGACAGCUGCCUACUCGCACGCCACUGUGGUAUACAAAGCGAAUAUCGCACUCUUGGACGACAGAUCGCGACAAUAAUUCCCCCCAGGGUGGUGCAUUAAGAGGGCCGAGGAAACAGCUGUUCUGCUGGAUGGUUGCUUUGACAGGGAGGUCAAAGGAUAAGCGAAUGUUUUAUUUACACUUCACGCUCUUAAAUGAUAUCGCGAAUAUUCCGUGGCGAAAAUGAGAAUGUCGCAGUCAAGAGAAAACGGCAGAUCGACACGCUGAAAAUCUUCAACGACAAUGUGGUAGAAUUAAGGGAAGAUGUGGAAUAUCAGGUACAAUUCAACGCUGGUGAAAGGAGAAUGGCUAUUAUGGUCUCUUUGUCACCGGAGUUUCCGUUGGAAAAGCCAGUGCUGAGGGUGUCUCCACCUGUGAAUCAUCCUUGGUGUAACGAGUACAGUGAAAUCACGAGUGCACCGGGAUUACUUAAUUUUACAGUACAUAGUGAUCUUGGUCGAGUUGUUCAAGCUAUUAUCAGGGAGUUCAGUAAAAAUCCUCCCCAGUUGUUGGAAGAUGCCUCUCCAGGAUCCAUUAAGUCACAUAGAGAUCUACAAGGAAGGAAUUCUCCAUCGUAUUCCAUGCAACACUACUCAGAAAUCCCGCAGACAUCGUUCAAUUCUUACCACACUAUGCAGUACCCACAAUAUUCUUCAGCCAGCGGGAGCUCUUGCAUUCUCAGUUACAAUCAAACCAACUCGGGUACCCAGUAUUCCACGGACAGUUGCACAAAGUUUGGCUCUCCGUCGCAGCAUUCGACGUACAACCUUUCCAGUUCAAGAAACAGAUCACUCCACACAGCAGACCUUACUAGAUACAAUUCAAAUCAGCAAGGGGGGUACUUGAAUUCUCAUUACGCGAACGCGAAUUAUCAUCAGCAAUCGUUGCCGAACCAGUUGCAGCCUAAAACUCCGCAGAGUGUCGCGUUCCCAGAAUUGAACAAUUUGAGCAAUGAGGAAUUGAAACAGCUUAGCGAAGACGAGGACAGAUUGGACGAAUUCUUGGAUAAACAUUCCGAGCUAAAGGAUAUUCAUGCGUCCAUCGACGAUGCGAUUGAUUGGGUCCAAAAAACUGCCGAGGUCAACGUUGCCAAAGAACCCGAGCUUAGAGAAUUGCAGUCUGACGUAGCAAACAAAGUGCAGACGGUCGCUGCGCUGAAGGCCAGAUACGAUCAACUGAUACAACGAUACAAUAAACUGUCCGAGGUGUUCGCCCCGGACCACAUAAAGGAAUGCCUGAGGAAAGCAGCAGACGAGAGCCACGAGGAGAGCGAGCGGAUCGCCGAGGAUUUCCUCAACAGGAAGAUAGACGUGGAACGUUUCCUGAGCACGUACAUUGAAUGCCGGAAGCUGGGUCAAGCGAGGCGAACCAAGGAGGAGAAGCUGGCUCAUCAGCUGAACGAAUUAAAACGGGCCGGCUAUUAAAACUGUAGCCGCGCCGCGUCUAACCGCAGUCUUUGUUUUUCUAUCGAGUCCAACAGAAACCGUUGUAAAUAACGCCUAGUUAAAUUAAAGAAACGAAACCGUGAAUUCGAAUGGCGAUUCGUAUUUACUGAAGAAAAGAAAAAAACAGAAAGAAAGAAAGGAAAGAAAGACGAACAAAACAAAAAAUGGUAUUCUAUUAUAACGGUAAAGGCACUCGCUGGCAGAGAACACUUUUACAAAUGUAUCAUCACUACGUUACAUCACCGCUUGUUACGUACUACUCGUGUGCCGCGUCGAAAUUAGUUCGACUGUGUUCAUGAUGCAUUCCGAACGGGACGAUUGAGAAUUGGAAUCGCAGCAAGGACCCCGAGGAGGAUUCCUGUGUAUGCGAGGACACACCGAAGAGAAGGGGAAGAAUAAGCGUUGGCUGGUGCCCGAUGGAACCUAAGCGUGCACGCAACGAUCAUUUCAAAAUGUACUUAUCCUUCCGUACAGAGAAAGUGUUUGUUGAAUGAGAUUCCAACGGUCUCGCAGAGCAUUUUCUUU